GUGAAAAUAAAAAGUUACAAAGUUGGAGAAGAGAAAAAAGAAAGAAGAAGAGAAGAAGAAAAAGAGAGGAAAGUGCGUGAUUUUGGCGCGGGACGGCGCCGUUUGGGAGACGCAUCUGAAUAUUUUAGUGUCUCCUGCCGACUGAUGAGUGGUUUCAGAGUUGACCAAUCCGACGCCAUUUACAUCUUCCCCACCAAACCAAAAUUCUACUCUGAAACUUCCCCAAAUUCUCAAAUUCCUAGCUGAAGAUGUACCGCUCCGGGAGCUCGACCCGCGUCUCCGACGAGUUUUUCUCCAGCCCAUCUUCAGCAGCAGAUGUUGAACAGCAGCAACAGCAGCAGCUGCAGCAGCUUCUUCCCACGUACAACCCGGAAUCCCACCUCGCCAAGAAGGAGCGUGUUCGCCUCAGAUCCGCCGAGGCCGCCGUCCACCUCAUCCCUAUUAUGCUCAUCAUCUGUGCCGUCAUCUUGUGGUUCUUCUCUGCUCCAGGAUUGUGAAGCAGCUGUCUGUGCUGAGAAAAUUAAGUUGACCGUACCAACAUAUGAUAUUGGAUUUUGGGGACAUGCCAACUUCUUGAAUUCCCUUUCGAAAUGUAACUUGUCGCAUCAGAAACUAUGCCGAAUCUGUUAGUAGAUCGUUGAAGAAAAUUGUUUGUUAGGCUUCCUGAGAUAUUCUUAUCAACUGUAAAGAAGAUCAAACUGAUGGGGGAAGAUUUUCAAAUAGUUUCAUGUGUUAGACCCUGUGUUUAAUGGAGCUCAACUACUACUUUCUUCAAGCUAAGUGCCUAUUCUUGUCCAUUAAUUCCAUCAGAUUCUGACAUUGACAUUAUUCUCUUGCAUAUGGCAGUAGAUUUGGCAAAUAAAGGUGACUCCAUUGCUGUCAGAGUAAGGGUUUAGAUGUUCGUUAUCAACAUCAAAGAAGGUGUUACAGAAACUCCGCAGUUAAUUUAAGAUCGAUAAUAUAGCUAUAUAUAACGGCACAGGAAAAUAUGCCUUAUGCCUGGAUUAAUUAUCUGUCACUAGGUCCCUCCCAUUCACACCGAUUAUUUAACACUUCACACUUAUUUAUAUAAUGAUUAAUUUCGAUUUUUUUCUUCUUCAUCAUGUAAUGCACAAUAAUGCCGAUUAGUUGGUUUGAGAUUUUGUCAGAUUUGUGGUGCGUGAUGUUUGUAGAGUUUGGCUGGACUGGCAUGUGCCAACAGGCCAAUACAUAGCAAAGAAAAUACCAUUUCUUGUUUCAGUCAUGUACAAAAGGGUCGUACACAAAUCAAAUAAUUUUUGCUCAAUUUGAUAUUCGAUUCGAAAUGUUGAUAUUUGUAUUUGAAA